ACUCUCCAAUUCAUUCACUCCCCUGUUCAUGCGUCAGCUUGCUUAACAAGCUGCACAACCUGUCACUGCAUUAACGUCACCCACACACGCAAACCAAAGGACUAAACCAUAACAGACUGUUCCUCCAGGAUUCAGCUGAAUAAAGGGAUAUUGCGUUUUUCCUAAAUACAGGUUUUUAUUUUAUUGUUCAGUUUUUAGAGGCAAAUGAUUCUCACUGUAGUUGUGGCAGAACUACAGAUUGGAAGUUUGAAGUGAAGUGGAGCUGGCAGAAACUUGUUUUCAUUCUCUGACCUGGCUUUUUUGUUUUCAUAAACGCGCUAUUAUAUACACUUUAAUUUGAUUUAAUUCAACAUUUUUUAUUUGUAUUUUUUUAAUUGAUCAUGGCCGGGUGCUGCAUGUCUGCUGAAGACAAGGAAUGUCAGAGGAUAAAUCAAGAAAUUGAUAGACAGCUGCGCAGAGACAAGAGGGAUGCUCGCAGGGAGCUUAAAUUGCUUUUGUUAGGAACUGGAGAGAGUGGCAAAAGUACAUUCAUCAAACAGAUGAGAAUCAUUCAUGGUUCAGGAUAUACAGAUGAAGACAAGAAGGGAUUCAUUAAACUGGUCUAUCAGAACAUAUUUACUGCCAUGCAAUCGUUGAUCUGGGCCAUGGAUAACUUGCAUAUACAGUACAAGGAUGAGCAGAACAAGGAAAAUGCUGAUUUGAUUAAGGACAUUGAGGUGGACAAAGUCACCGUAUUAGAGAAAAACCAAUCAGAAGCAAUCAAGAGUUUAUGGAAGGAUCCUGGGAUUCAGGAGUGUUAUGACAGACGGCGAGAAUAUCAGUUGUCUGAUUCUGCAAAAUAUUACCUUGAUGGCUUAGAACGCAUUUCAGUCCCAUCAUACAUACCAACCCAGCAAGAUGUCCUUCGAGUCAGAGUGCCCACAACUGGAAUCAUUGAGUAUCCUUUUGACCUAGAAAACGUCAUCUUCAGAAUGGUAGAUGUAGGAGGUCAGCGAUCUGAAAGAAGGAAGUGGAUUCACUGUUUUGAGAACGUUACCUCCAUCAUUUUUCUCGUUGCACUAAGUGAAUAUGACCAGGUCCUUGCUGAGUGUGACAAUGAGAAUCGAAUGGAAGAGAGCAAAGCCCUAUUUAAAACGAUCAUCACAUACCCCUGGUUUCAGAAUUCAUCUGUCAUUCUUUUCUUGAACAAAAAGGACAUUCUAGAAGAGAAGAUAGUAUAUUCUCAUGUAGUUGACUACUUUCCUGAAUUUGAUGGACCCAAACAGGACCCAAAGGCUGCCAGAGACUUCAUUUUGAAAAUGUAUCAGGAGAUGAAUCCAGAUAAAGAUAAAGUCAUUUACUCUCACUUUACAUGUGCCACAGACACAGAGAACAUCAGGUUUGUCUUUGCUGCUGUCAAGGACACUAUCCUCCAGCUGAACCUCAAGGAGUUCAACCUGGUGUAAACACUGGUAACAGCCUGCUUAGCAUCUGCAAGCCUUGGUCAAGUAAAUAUAGAAUAAGUGCAAUUGAUGCAACUAAUGCUAUUUCUCAUUUAGGCCUCUCCAAUAUUUUCUUGCAUUGUAACCAGAGUUCUUAUAUUUACCCCAAAAAUGUGAAGACUGCUGGGAAGCAAUCAAAUCAGGGCUUGUGUGAGGGGUUUGUUAAGUUUACGUUUAUGAGAUUUGUUAAUUUUUUAAGCCCUAUUUUUCACCAAAGUAGGGAAGUUUUAAAGUGAUCUCUAAGGGAAAGUGAAUUUUAAAUAACAGUGUACUGAUUCAAAUGCAAACAAAAAUGCCUUUCUAGCCUUUUAUUGUAUUAUUUGAAACCACCUGGAAUCAAAUACAGUAAACAGUAAACCAAAGUGCCUUUUAAACAGCAAAGUUAAAUGUAUUUAGUGGAUAUCAAAAAUAUGCCACUUUACUGUUUUCACAAGGAUUAUGGGUAGAAUUGUAAUUUUUGGGGGGAAUUGUCUUUCAUGGGUGAAUUACCUUAAACGGUUAUAUGGGUUUAUGUAUUUAUUUUAAAUAGUGACACUUGCUAAUACUGGAUAAAUACGUUUAACAAUUUUGUAUCUCUAUGAACAACAAAAACUGUCAAAAAUAUACACAAAAUAAAGCUGAAAAGUUUCUAUUUUUGUACACAUUGUGCCAAUAUGUAACAUUUAAGUAACAAAGAAUAGUAAGUAAAUUAAGAGAAUGUGAAUAUGAUACUUUGUUAGUGUGACAACAGAAUUGCACAGAAGUACAUUGCUGUUUUAUCUCUAUAUGAUAUCUAAAUAUCUACUCACUCUCUCUCUCUCUCUCUCUCUCUCUCUCUGUACAUAUACACACAUUUUAAGGGCCAAAUUAACUGUUUAUUGGUAAAUUGUACUUUGAUGCAGUUUAGCAUUUACAAAAAAUAAAAUGUACAUGCCUUAUUAAUUCAAAAGACAUAGCUAGGUAUACAAAACACUGUUUUACAAAUCCUUUGUAUAAACAAAAC